GCGGGGACUUCGGGGCCGGUAUAAAAAGUGGAUGGUGGCUCACGUGUCCAAGGAUGGCACGGUCACGUUCUAGAUCCCCCAGGUGGAAACACAGGUCUUUAUCACCAUUACCUAGAAAUUCUGAAUAUUACAAGCAAAGGCAUUCUCCUGAGCGUUAUGGCUGUGAAUAUAGGAAGGAUCCAGAAAGACCCAUGGCUUGGAGAAUGGACAAUGAGAAAUAUGGGCAGAGUAAACCAAGGAUUCCUUCUCGUGGAAAUAUACAUUACCGAUCUUAUGAACAAAGAUCACCUUCCCCAAAUACAAGAAGAGACUCUUUAGAAAAUUUUUAUGCUUAUAAGCCUCACCGAGUAUAUUUACCAGAAAGAGAGGAUGGUAACAGAAGAUCUCAGUAUAUGCCCAGCUACUCAGAAGGUGUACCCUACAAAGAGCACCAGAGGAAUUGUUAUCCCCAGAAAGUGCAAGGAAGGUAUACUCCUGAUGACCACAGAGUGAGAGGAAGUGGAAAAGGAGGGAAACCACCUCAGAGGUCAAUAGCAGAUUCUUUUAGAUUCGAAGGAAAGUGGCAUGAAGAUGAGUUGAGGCACCAGAGGAUACAAGAUGAAAACUAUUCUCCAUCAUUUAGAAGAGGUUCUGAAGAUUUUGAGAAAAGGAGCUCUUUUCCCAAGAGGUAUCCUGAGGAUCGUGAUUUCAGAACAUAUGGACACACAUCAACAAGACCUCAAGACGUGGAGAGGUAUGAAAGCAGAGAGCCUGCCAGGAACCCACAGUGGAAGUUUGAGCAUUCUUUUUCACCUUACCAAGAGAAGAAAGAUCACCGGAACCUUGGGCCCCAAACUCAUCGACAUGCUCAGAGGGAACCCCCAGAGACCAGUUCAGCAACCAGGCUAUCCUGUGACUAUCGCCACAAACGUCAUAAGACCUCAGAUAGGGACCAGGACUUUUCCGAUGGAAGAACUCAGAAGUACUCUAAGGAGGAAGAUAGAAAAUACACUUCUCAAAAAGGCCCUGUAAACAGAGAGUCCAAUUAUUUUAAUGCUGGAAGAGAGAGAGAGACUGAAGGUGGGCAAGUCAAAGAACCUUUUAAACCAUCUAAGAAAGACUGUACUGCCUGUACUCAUUCAAGUAAAUGUGAUGUUGGUUUGAGAUCCUGUAAUGACAAAUGGAAGGACAAAACAAAGAAAGAGGGGGAUGGCAGAAAAGAGAGCAACUCUUCCAGUAACCAACUUGAUAAAAGUAAGAAACUUUCUGAUGUGAAACCUUCAUCUGCCACUCUUAGGAAGAAAUUGAUUACAGUUAAAGUAGAUGUGAAGAAAACAGUAAAUGCACCCAGGGUUGCUUCUAGCUAUUCCACAGAGAGACAGAUGUCACAUGAUUUGGUUGCUGUUGGCAGGAAAAGUGAAAACUUUCAUCCAGUGUUUGAACAUCUUGACUCAACUCAGAAUACUGAAAACAAACCUACAGGAGAAUUUGCUCAGGAAAUCAUAACUAUAAUCCAUCAAGUUAAAGCAAAUUAUUUUCCAUCACCUGACAUUACUCUACAUGAGCGUUUCUCAAAAAUGCAAGAUACACAAGCUGCAGACGUAAAUGAAAUUAAAUUGAAUUCAGAUCCAGAAAUUCACAGGAGAAUAGAUAUGUCUUUGGCCGAGCUUCAGAGUAAACAAACUAUGGUAUAUGAAUCAGGACAGACUCUGGUCAAAAUAAUAGAUCCAAAUGACCUACGACAUGACAUUGAAAGAAGGAGAAAAGAACGGUUACAGAAUGAAGAUGAGCACAUUUUUCACAUAGCUAGUGCUGCAGAGAGGAAUGAUCAGCAAUCCAGUUUUUCAAGGUUGGAGAAUACUCAAGUUGAUGGAUUCCAAAAACCUACAUGUUUUAUAGAAUCCAAUUUUAGAAAAUUUAUUCAGAAACCUUAUAUGAAUUAUCAAACUAUGCAGAGAAAAGACAUUACUCACAAACCUUUUGGAGUUGAGGGAAACCAUGAAAACACAAGAGGCUUUAGAAGACCUUUUAAGACCAACUUUAGAGGUGGCAGAUUCCAGCCCCAUUAUAAAUCAGGCCUAGUACAGAAGAGCUUGUGCAUUCAGGCUAAAUAUCAGCAUUUACGGUUCGCUGGCCCAAGGGGAUUUAUCACUAAUAAAUUCAGAGAAAAAUUACUGAGGAAAAAAAAGGAAUAUGCAAACAUUGCCACAGCAGUCUAAUCUGGAAUUGUUACAAACGGAAGCAACACUACAGGAUGAUAUUUGGGAGCAUCUCUUUUUGUCAGGAGUUAGAAUUGGCACUCAAGCACUAAUACUGUAACUUUCUUGAUAAAAUAACUUUAUUUUUCUGUAGUGGAAUGCUGCAACUUUUUUACACUUAACGAUUGCUUUUAAAUUACAGUAUUCAAUUUAAAAGUUGUAUUAAAUACAGUUUCUUUUGCAAAAAGUCUCAAAAGGGCAUUAUUUGUUGAUGCAUUUUUCUCUGAGCAUGGUUUCAUAGAGAAUUUAACUGAGUUAUAUCUAGACGUUUAUAUGUUGAAAG